UCAGAUGCUUGGCGGAGCUGGAUUCAACCUAAUUCAAUGUUGCUAUCUUGCACAAGACAUCAGUCAGUUUUCAGAAAUACCGUACGUAAUGUAGCACUUCUAUCUAAAAGGUCACCAGACAUCAAUCUGAGCCCACUCUCCUUCAGUGACUUUUCUCACUGCACAAGAUGUAAGCCGGCUUGUGUCUUGUCAAGAAAAUGUUUUAAUGCUAAAGAAACUGCUGACCUACAUAAAGACUUCCACACAACAUCCCGAGUCCUAGCCUUGCCAAUCCCUCUCAUUUGGAUUCUGCUGAAGCCCCUCAAGAAAAUUUUGACAAUGAUUCUUGGCAGGAGCAUACGGAAAUGGUGGCAGGCUCUCCCACCUGACAAGCAGGUGGAGCUCAAGGACAAGGCGAAAAGGAACAAGUGGAGCAUUUUGCUCAGUUUAUGCGGCCUGUCAGGUGUGAUUGGAAUAUAUUUCUGGACCCACCUGGAUAAGAGUCCGAUCACAGGCCGCAGACGCCUACUGGUGUUCAGCAAACGACAGUUCCUGCGGCUGGCUGAAUUUGAGCACCAGUCGGUGCUGGAGAAGUACAAGGAUAAAUUUCUGCCUACGACUGAUCCAAUCUACAAGUCCAUUCAGUUGGUUUUCAACCAUUUGGUUGAGAAAAACAAAGAUAUACCGGGAAUUACUGAGACCAAGUGGAUUCUUAAUGUUGUGGAUGAUUCAGAGAUAAAUGCCUUUGUCUUGCCAAAUGGGCAGGUGUUUGUUUUGAUGGGACUGUUGAAAGCUGUGGCAGACACCGAUCAACUGGCUUGUAUUCUCGGUCAUGAGAUGGCUCAUUGUCUCCUUGCACAUGGGGCUGAACAUGCAAGUAUUAUUCAGCUCCUUGAUUUUGUGUCCCUCAUUUUUCUGACACUUAUUUGGGCUGUGUUCCCUCGGGACAGUCUUGCCCUCCUGGGGCAGUGGAUUCAAGGCAAACUGAUCCAGUACAUGUUUGAUAGACCCUACAACCGAAAACUGGAGAUUGAAGCUGAUGAAGUUGGACUGCAACUUGCUGCUAAGGCAUGCGUGGAUGUGAGAUCCAGCAGCGUAUAUUGGCAGCAACUGGAGUUGAUAAAGAUUGCUACUGGAACAUGUCAAAUUCCUGAAUGGUUUUCCACACAUCCGUCAAAUCAACACCGAAUUCAACACCUAGACAACCUGAUUCCUAAGGCUCUCAAGCUGCGAGAGGACUGUGGUUGCCCUUCCCUGCCGAGUAUAGACCCACGGUUGGUUUUCAAGCUUAGCAUGGAGGAACUGAUGAACCGUUUGAAGAAAUGGGAUGAACCAAUCUGCACAGUUUCUGGAGACGAGCAGCUACCUCCACAACGUGAACUUGAGCCAAUCUUCAUGAAGAGAAUACCUGCUGUAGUUGCAGUACAGGCACUCCAAAACACAGUCAGCUCUCAGAAUUAAAUGUAUUUGAUAUCAUGCACUGCAAAUAAGCAAUUUGUGUUUCUAAGUUAACUGAAAAGAGGGAAUUGGAAAUAAUGUGGUUCUAAAAACAAUUAUUUUGUGUAAUCUUGAUUUUUUUUAGGGUUCUUCUGGUUGUUCUUUGAUUGUUUCUUCAGUUGGGAAUGGUUUUGUUUUGUUCUAUGUUCAAUGUGGAAAAUCUACUACUUGGGGAA